AGCCGGUUAGUAAUGUACAGUGGAUAGAGCCUUUCUUUUAAAUCCCAGGGCAGCAGGUCCUUCAAGGCUAGCAUUGCAAUUUCAAUUAGCUCCUGAGUGAAAGCUUGGCAUGUGUAUUAGUGAGCAGGGACACAAUUAGCUUAUUCUUCCUUUCCGUGUUGUGUUGAGAGGAUCCAAAGGAUUGGUGGUGGAUCAAGCAAGUCAGGCAUCGCUGGAUUUUGAAGAAGGGUGUUGCUCAGACCUCGACAUCUUCACUUGCUCACGCUGGAAUUACAGAGAUUUAUUACAAAGCACUGUGUGGCUUGGUGAAGGGUGCCUCAGGAGACACUCCGGGUAGCACUUGAGCUCUGUCUUUUUGAGUGCUUCACCGCUCUGUCUUGUCUUAGUCUCAUCGUUAGCAUGGAGCCCAACAGCCCCAAAAAGAUACAAUUUGCUGUGCCUUUAUUCCAGAGUCAGAUUGCUCCAGAGGCGGCCGAGCAGAUCAGGAAAAGAAGACCUACACCAGCAUCCCUUGUGAUUCUCAAUGAGCAUAAUCCCCCAGAAAUUGAUGAGAAGAGGGUGACUAACACACAAGAAUCGCAGAAUGCAUCCCCUAAGCAAAGGAAGCAGAGUGUGUACACGCCACCGGCCAUAAAAGGGGUUAAGCAUCUGAAAGGCCAGAAUGGAUCGGCAUUUCCGGAAGAAGAAGAAAGUGCAAAUGAAAGAGAAGAGAAGUGGAACCAUUAAGAUUCUACCCAUCUGUAGCAAGAGGGCUUCUUGGAAAUAACUGGACUGUACACUCUUCUGAAUAUCCAAUGGUACUCCAAAGCUCCGCCUCCAGCAUCCUCUUCUGUCUCAUUCCCUACCCUUACAGCAGUGUGAUCCCCAUGGAAGCCUCCUUGACUGAACUGUGAAACUGAGUGCAGAUUGUUGGGUACCACUUGCAGUAAAGAAUAGCACUUAUUUUACCGCAAUUUUUCUUUUCAACUGAUCAAACCUAGAAAUCUGCUGCCGUGUGAAUGUUCUCACUUUGAUACUGCCAAUGCUUAACUCCUGGCCUAUGAUAUGAUUUACAUUCUAAGGUCAAAUGUAGAGAGCAUUACUCUAAAAGUACAAAAUAAAUGCCAAAUGUGCUAGGGACAAGUGUGAGUGGGGAUUAAUGGAAGAGGAAUGCCUUUGGAAGCUUCUAAGUAAUAACCGCAUUUAGCAUGUUUCUGUGUCUAGAUCAGACCAGAGUUUACUUCAAGAAUGCAAUGAUAGGUAGAUGUCAGUUGUCUUGAUUCAAAAUGCCACAUCAGAUAUGAAAUGAUUUUCAUCCAGCAGUGUGUUAAUGGCUACUUAAAGAAACAAAUGUCCCUUUAUUUUCUAAGCCGUGCAAUGUCGGCUUCUCUGCAUCAUCUAAUCAUUAAAAAGGAAAUGCUAAAUUUAUAAUAAAAUAUGGCAAAUCUCUUCUGCUUUCUCUUUUAUUAACUAUUUAAAAUUAAGCCAUCUAUACUGUAUUGCUUUUGUUUGUCUGGGUUUUUCGUUGUUUUUUUUUUUUUUUCUUUUCUUGGUGCUAGACAAUGAACCCAGGGCUUUGUAUAUGCAAACAUUCUUCUAGACCCUGUCCUCAGUCUUACUGCAGUUUAAUAUAUCCUGACUGCUUUAUUAUUCUUCUCUGUGAUAGAAUAAAAAACAUCUCAUUAAUUCAGCCAUAGACUCACGCAUUAAUUCAACAACUACUUUUUGUGGAGUUAAAAAAAGAUCACUGUUAUUUUGAGAUUAGUUUUAUGCCAUUUCAUCUUUCCCUUUCCUCACAGUAAAUCCUUCUACACAGCACCCUUCAGCCCUUUUCAAAUAUGUUGCCUCUCUUUUCAUUAAUUGUUGUUACAUACCUAUCAACUAUUUUAAAUGGAAUUUUCCCUAGGAAAUGACUCUUUUGGGAGCCAGGAAAAUAAAGGAAAGCUUUAUUUCUUCUCUGGAGCUAGAGCGACAGUAAGGUUUUGCUAGACAGUGGGUAUCUGUCAGUACGACUUUAACUCAGAUUUCUGGCCAUUGGCUAAUUUUAAUUAUUCAUGAUAUAUGAAUGCACAAUUUAAUGGGGAUAUUUUGCUUCUACAUUCUUGUUUUUAUUGAGAUUCAAAUAUUUCAUGAAUGUAAAAAAAAAAUCCACCUAAAACCAUUAAAGCAAGGGUCUGGUGACAUAGGUCACUGGGUAAGAACACCUGUCACCAACUGAUGAGCUUAGUAGAUCCCUGAAACCUACAUGGCAGGAGGAGAAAACUAAUCGUCUCACUUUGUCAGAGGCGUUUUCCUCUGACUUUUACCACACACCUUGGUAUGUGGGACACACACAAACACAC